UGCUCACAAGUCACAGCACCCACACACUGCGCUUCAGAACUUGCUUGUGAGCGACCGACUGACAGUACGUGCACAACCGUGCACGGCUAGCAAAUAAUUAAUCAACAACCAUGGCGUCGUCUCUGGCCAAGUCAUCGUCCUCCGUUCUCCUCCUCGCCGCCUUCGUCGCCCUCUUCGCCGCCUCUGCGUCAGUCGACGCGGCCACCUUCAACGUGAUCAACCGCUGCAAGGACACGCUGUGGCCGGCGGCGCUCCCGGGCGGCGGCGCGCGUCUGGACCCGGGGAAGACGUGGACCGUGCAGGUCCCCGCGGGCACGGCGCACGCGCGGAUGUGGGCGCGCACGGGGUGCCGCUUCGACGGCAGCGGGCGCGGGACGUGCCAGACGGGGGACUGCGGCGGCGCGCUGGCGUGCACCGUGUCCGGGAGGACCCCGGCGACGCUGGCCGAGUACACGCUCAACAACAACGGGCCGGACUACAUCGACAUCUCCCUCGUCGACGGCUUCAACGUGCCCAUGUCCUUCCGGUGCGGCGGCAAGGGGCCGAGCUGCAAGGCCGACGUCAACGCCAAGUGCCCCGCCAAGCUCAAGGUGCCCGGCGGCUGCGCCAGCGCGUGCGAGAAGCUCGGCGGCGACACCUACUGCUGCCGGGGCCAAUACACGGACAAGUGCCCGCCGACGGAUUACUCCAGGUUCUUCAAGGGGCUGUGCCUGGACGCCUACAGCUACGCCAAGGACGACCAGACCAGCACCUUCACCUGCCCAAAGGGCUCCAACUACGAGAUCGUGCUCUGCCCAUGAGUAGUAGUGCCGUACGUGGUGGAGUACAACUAUACACACGCGUAUAAGCACGUGGAGUAGUUAGUAAAUAAAGUGCUUAUUGCGUGUAUGUUACCCCAGGAAUAAGGCCUUACUUACUGGUGGCCAUCAUUUGCAACAUCUGUUUGUCUAUGAAUAAAGGGGGGGGAAAUGCAAAACAGCACAAGAUGUUACUUUUAUU